ACACAGUAGGCAUAAAGCAUACGAAGAUUAAGUUUUUUUUUUCCUUAAAAAGUCUUGGAAAUCAGAUUGGUCCAUUUCGAAACGGAAACUGCCUUGUUUACCUUUUCCAAGAUGGCGGCGGGGAUGUAUUUGGAGCAUUAUUUGGACAGCAUUGAAAAUCUUCCCUUCGAGCUGCAGAGGAACUUUAAUUUGAUGAGAGAUCUCGAUCAACGCACAGAAGACCUAAAAGGACAGAUUGACUCUCUGGCUAAAGAAUACACCUCCAACGCCCGGACUCUCUCCUCUGAUCAAAAACUGUCCCUACUGAGGCAGAUUCAGCAGUCCUACAGUAAAUGCAAGGAGUUUGGAGAUGACAAGGUGCAGCUGGCUAUGCAGACCUAUGAAAUGGUCGACAAACACAUCCGACGCCUCGACACAGACUUGGCUCGGUUUGAAGCUGACCUGAAGGAGAAACAGAUUGAGAGCACAGACUACGAUUCCACCUCCAGUAAGGGAAAGAAAGUAGACACCAGACAGAAGGAGAAGAAGACCGCCAAAACAAGAUCUAAAGUGAAGAGCUCAGACGAAGAUGGAAGUCCCAAGAGCGCACAGAAGAAAGUCAAACUUUUUCAGCAAGGGGAAUUCAAUGCCCCUGCCUCCAACUUUGGCAAUGUGCACCCAUCUGAUGUGCUGGACAUGCCUGUGGAUCCCAACGAGCCCACCUACUGUUUGUGCCAUCAGGUGUCUUAUGGCGAGAUGAUUGGCUGUGACAACACCGAUUGCUCCAUUGAGUGGUUCCAUUUCGCAUGUGUAGGCUUAACAACCAAACCACGUGGAAAAUGGUACUGCCCUCGCUGCUCUCAAGACAGAAAGAGAAAGUGAUUCACCUGGUCACUCUGGAACAAAACACAGAGAAAAAGUUUUCUUCAUUUUUAUUUGACAUCUUUGUUUUACAUUUGGUGCUUUACUCUUUGGUUUACGUCCUUGCCUUGGUCUGAUGCAGUGUGUGAAGGAGCCAGACGGUUACAAAUGUAUUUAAGUUGGUUUUUUUUUUAAUGCAUAACAGUUUUUAGUUUUUAUUUAGUUAUCUUUGGUGCUCUUAUUGUGAUUUUUUCAUAUAUAUAAUUUUGUCCACAUAACUAAUAAACACUACAGCUGCUCCAUCUGGUUUAGUAGUUGUAGCUCUGAUAUACAAUACUGUAUUCACAGAAUAUUCACAUGGACAAGUGAGAAGUUUCUAUAUAUUAAUGAAAAUCAGCCUUGAAUGGUUUUGUUUUUGUAUUGUUAAUUUGCCCUUGUUUAAAAUUGAAACACUAUUUUUAGAUACAUUAAUAAGACAAAACCUGCUUUGUGACACAGCAUUAGAUAUAUGUGGUAGUGAAUUAACCCAUUUUAAUUUAACACUUUUUAUUUGACUGCUACAUAGAAUUUAAACUACAUUCUUGAAAAGUAUUGUCAUUUCUGUAGCUGAAAUAUUGGUGCCGGGGUGAGGGGAUGAUAGGGCUGUCAAUCAUUUCAAUACAGCCACUACCUCAAAAAACA